UGUUUGUUUAGUUCCUUUUCUCUUUUCUAUGCAUUUUCUACAAUAUUCUAUGUGGUUAUUAGUUGCGAAUGUGAGGGGAUGGAAUAGCGGAGAGUUUUCAACCCGAUGUGGAACUAAUUAAAUUAACAGAAAAUAAAAAUAUUUAAUAGGUAUAAUGCAAUAAUUGUGGCGUUUAGGAGUAUGCAAGAAAUAUUAACGUGAUAUUGGCACAGAAUUUUAUUGUAAGAAUUUAAUUAAAAUUUGCAAAAAAUGAAAAUUAUAGGUAGUUUAUCAGUGGUGAGCAGCGCAUACAGUGUUAUAUUGCUCUUCACAGCAACAGUGCUGUUGCUACCCAAUACAACUGCUUCCCGAGUACUUGAGUUAACUGACCGCUUUAUUGAUGUAAGACAUGAAGGACAAUUUCUGGUUAUGUUUUAUGCACCCUGGUGUGGAUACUGUAAGCGUACUGAACCCAUAUUUGCUUUGGUGGCACAAGCAUUGCAUGCCACAAAUGUACGUGUGGGUCGACUAGAUUGUACAAAAUAUCCUGCGUCUGCUCGUGAAUUUAAAGUACGUGCAUAUCCCACUAUUAUGUUUAUAAAAGGUAAUAUGGAGUAUGUUUAUAGUGGAGAUCGUACGAAAGAUGAAUUGGUUGAUUAUGCUUUACGCAUGAGUGGACCGCCAGUGCAAUUGGUAACACGUACCGAGAGUGUUGAUAUGUUAAAAGGUUCACAUACCAUAUUCUUCAUGUUUGUUGGACAACAAGAAGGUGUUGUGUGGGAUACAUUUUAUGCCGCAGCCGAAAGUUAUCAAGAGCAUGGAUUUUUUUACGCCACUACUGAGGAUAUUGCAAUACAACAUUUUGAUAUGGAAAAAUUACCAGCAGUUAUUGUUUAUAAAGAAGAAAUGCAUCACUUCUAUCCAAAUGGACACAUUGCACAUGAAAUGGAUCCACAAGAUGUUAAUGAAACUAUACACCAUUGGGUUAACGUCGAACGGUUUAUAACCUUUCCAAAAAUCACACGUUACAACAUACAUCAACUGUUACGUACCAAAAAAUUUUUGGUAAUCGCUGUAGUAGAAGAAGACAAAUUGGAUCAUGUAGCCACACAUGAAUUGGAGUUUAGAGAUAUGAUUGAAAGUGUGAUACGAAAACAUCGUGAUCGCUAUCAUAGCCAAUUUCAAUUUGGUUGGAUUGGUGACCCUAGUAUAGCGCACUCAAUAAUCUUAGAUCAAAUGCCCACACCGCAUUUAAUAGUUAUAAAUUCCACUACACAACACCACUAUAUACCAGAUGAUGAUCCUUUACAAAUGACACCACAGGCUUUGCACAUAUUUCUUGAGUCCAUUAUUAAUGAAAGUGUGACUGCGUAUGGAGGCGACACGUACUUAGUACGUUUGCAACGCGCCCUGUUCGAAAUACGAAAGGGUUUAAAAGAGAUGUGGCAGGGUAAUCCAGUGUUGACCUCAGUUAUAUUUGGUCUACCAUUAGGAUUUUUAUCAUUGAUUUUAUAUUCCAUAUUUUGCGGAGACUGUUUAGUUACUGAUGAGGAAGAAGAUGAGCACGAGAAAAAGGAGUAGAGUAAAUUAUGUGCCAAAGUUUAAUUAAGCAAAAUAACAAAAAAAAAAGAGUUCUCGAAAUAUUUGUAACUCAUCUUAUGAAAUCAAAAAAUUUUCUUUUUGAUGUUUGUGCAAAGUAUUCCAAUUUAUCAAUAUUAUAGGUUAAUUGUCUGCCUUUGAAUUAUUGUUGGAAGUUUUGAUAUUUGUGUGUACUUCUAGUCUAGUCUAGUUUUAUUUUAUAAAUAUUUUUUCAUUUCUUUUCAAUUAAGUGUAUUUUUUAAACUUAAUUUAUUAUAUCCAAUUAUUUGUUAGUUGAGUUAUAUUUUUA